AUGCACGGAAGAUGUUUGGCAUGGACUCGCCAGCGCCUUCCACUCCGGCCUCUCAGCAGUCUCCGGCCAUUUCACUCAUACACGCCGUGGCUGCAGAAUGAUCGUGCUCCUCUGCGCAAACAGUUAAAGGAUGCUGCCAAAGCUGCCCGAGUGGCUCCUGCCGCGGGCCCCACGACGGCAAGACGUGAUAUACUCGACGACUGGGAACUGACUGUGGGCAUCGAGAUCCAUGCUCAGCUCAAUGUAUCCCGAAAGUUAUUCUCACCCGCCAUAACCGCACCAAGCGCUACCCCAAAUGAUCAGAUCGCUCCCUUCGACAUCGCUUUGCCGGGCAGUCUCCCAGUCCUCCAGCCUGGUGUGGUCCUGCCAGCUCUACGUGCGGCCCUCGCCCUCAGGUGCACCGUGGAACCAGUCAGCGGCUUCGACCGCAAGCACUACUUCUACCACGACCAGCCUGCCGGCUACCAGAUAACACAGUACUACUAUCCCUUUGCGAAGAAUGGUCAAGUCGUCCUGAAUGCCGAGGACGGACUGGAAGAGGGCAGGACCCUAACAGUCAAUAUCAAGCAAGUGCAACUGGAGCAGGACACGGCAAGGACCCAAGAGGACGAUGCCAAUACAGCCCUGAUUGACUUCAAUCGCUGCGGCCAGGCCUUGGUCGAGAUCAUCUCCCUCCCUGAUUUGCACUCCCCACGUGAUGCCGCCCAAUAUGUUCGAAAGAUCCAGUCAAUCCUCUAUGCGGUCGACUCUGUUACAACCGGGAUGGAACAAGGCGGCCUUAGGGCAGAUGUCAAUGUGUCUGUUCGUCGCCGCGAUGCUGCAGCUGGUCCGUAUGCCUACAGUGGCGUGACAGGGCUUGGUCAGCGUACAGAAAUCAAGAAUCUCAGCACCUUCAAAGGCAUUGAGGACGCAAUAGAGGCCGAACGAGACCGCCAGAUCAGGGUUCUCGAGCAGGGCGGCGUUGUUGAAGGCGAGACUAGGGGCUGGUCCAUGACAACCCCGAACGAAACAAAGAGACUUCGAGGCAAAGAGGGCGAAGUCGACUACAGAUACAUGCCCGAUGCUGACAUUCCGCCACUCUACCUCAGCAACGACCUGAUUUCUUGGGUCAAGAAGACUCUACCUCCCACGGAAAGCGACCUCGUACAUUUGCUAGUCAACGACUACGACCUCACGUUCGCCGAUGCGAGCACGUUGGUUCAACUGGACGACGGCGAGAGGCUGAUCUUCUUUCAACAAGUCGUUGACGAAUUGAUAGCCAGCAGUAGAUUCGAGACCACUACCCGUGACCACGGCAAACUGGUCGGAAACUGGGUGCUGCAUGAGUUGGGCGCACUGUUGUCCUCGGACGGCAGGCAUUGGGACGACAAUGUAGUAACGUCAAGAACAAUGGCCGAUCUCAUCUACCGACUGAAGGCAAAUGAGAUAACUGGUGUCUCUGCCAAGCAGAUUCUCAAGCUUAUCUACAAUGGCGAUAAACGAUCCGUCCCGAAUAUUAUCACCCAGGAGGAUUUGCGGUUCUUCGAGAUGUCCUCGGAAUCCUACGAAGGAAUUGCCAAGGAUAUCAUCGAGAAACAUCCCCAGCACGUCCGCGAUAUCGUUGAAAAGGGCAAAAUUGGCAAGUUGCAGUUUUUAAUGGGGCAGAUGAUGCGACAUCCACGCAAGGGAGACAUGCGUGCACCCAUUGCCGAACAGACCCUUCGACGACUAAUUUUGAACGACAGCGAGGGCUGA